GCGCGGCUCCCGCUCCAGGCGCGACCCGGCGCUGGGGAUGCUCCUGUCCAAGAUCAACUCGCUGGCCCACCUGCGCGCCGCGCCCUGCAGCGACCUGCACGCCCCCAAGCUGGCGCCCGGCAAGGACAAGGAGCCCCUGGAGUCGCAGUACCAGGUGGGCCCGCUCCUCGGCAGCGGCGGCUUCGGCUCCGUCUACUCGGGCGUCCGCGUCGCCGAUAACUUGCCGGUGGCCAUCAAGCACGUGGAGAAGGACCGCAUCUCCGACUGGGGGGAGCUGCCCAAUGGCACCCGCGUGCCCAUGGAGGUGGUCCUGCUCAAGAAGGUGAGCUCGGGCUUCUCGGGCGUCAUCCGCCUCCUCGACUGGUUCGAGCGGCCCGACAGCUUCGUGCUGAUCCUGGAGCGGCCCGAGCCGGUGCAGGACCUCUUCGACUUCAUCACGGAGCGCGGCGCCCUGCAGGAGGAGCUGGCCCGCAGCUUCUUCUGGCAGGUGCUGGAGGCCGUGCGGCACUGCCACAGCUGCGGGGUGCUGCACCGCGACAUCAAGGACGAGAACAUCCUCAUCGACCUGCACCGCGGCGAGCUCAAGCUCAUCGACUUCGGGUCGGGGGCGCUGCUCAAGGACACGGUCUACACGGACUUCGACGGGACCCGGGUGUAUAGUCCUCCAGAGUGGAUCCGCUACCAUCGCUACCACGGCAGGUCUGCUGCUGUCUGGUCUCUGGGGAUCUUACUGUAUGAUAUGGUCUGUGGAGAUAUUCCUUUUGAGCAUGAUGAGGAGAUCAUCAGGGGCCAAGUUUUCUUCAGACAGAGGAUCUCUUCAGAGUGUCAGCAUCUCAUUAAGUGGUGCUUGUCCCUGAGACCAUCUGAUCGGCCAUCCUUCGAAGAAAUCCAGAACCAUCCAUGGAUGCAAGACGUCCUUCUGCCCCAGGAAACGGCUGAGAUCCAUCUCCACAGCCUGUCAUCAGGACCCAGCAAAUAGCAGCUUCUCUAGCAAGCGCUCCCUUUCCUCCCCAGUGCUCCAGGGAGGGGAAUCUUCUGUUUCCAGCUUCCCAAAUUACCAGUGACACUUCUCGCCAAGCAGGACAGUGCUUGAUACAGGAACAAUAUUUACAACUCAUUCCAGACCCCAGGCCCCUGGAGGCUGCCUCCCAACAGUGGGGGAAGAGACUGGCUCCAGGUGUCCAGGCCCCCACUCGUAGAUGCUCUCCUAGGAGUCCAGUGUGGCUGGACUGGCAAAAUCCCCGGGGGUGGG